CUUAGAGCCAUGUGACACCUGUAGCUCAGGUAACAGGCGCUUUGGAAACGGUGGUUCCACUUGCUGAUUCUACCACCUGAGGAGCAGAGCAUGGCGUCUCCAAACACGAGUAACGUCUCUAUAUGACAGUUAACACAUUUUUACUGUGCAGAAAUAUUUAACAAUAUUGUAUUUUACUUGUUUUGUCCUUGUUUUUUUUUCCACCAGGGCGUUUCAAUUCAACCCCAUCACCCAGGAUCCUGGAGCUCGCUCGACCCCGAGAAUCUAAAACAGUUUGGCUCACAACACCAGUAAACGUGACUUGGGGAAACCAGGAGACAAUAUGGCCACCAUUCUGGACUUCCUUAAAAUCCAGAAAUAUGUCAAGGAUUCUGGCACUGUCUCAACCCAAAAAAGAUUUCUCUGCCCUCCAUCAAGACCUGCUUAGAAAAGAUCACAAAGAAGCCGCGAAGAUGAGGAGCACGUGUCUUCCCGCCACAUCUCAGUAUGAGCAGGUCUCGCGCUUGGCAACGCCCAAUUUUCGUCACAGGUGCCCUCAGGUACUGAGUCUCCCUCACACAAAACGAUGUGAGCACAGCUGUCCUGUGUGGCACAUCAGCUCUGCAGUGAAGAAUGCAGUAGCCUCUCCUCGCAUUCUUCAGCUUGCUCAGCCCAGACACACACAUCCUGAGUACCAGAGCAACCGCCAGAAUAUAGAAACAUGCGUCUCACGUGCAGCUAAUUCAUCUCAGGUGAGUCUGAGACUCGAGCAGCUGUGUGUGCCCAAACUGCGAGAAAGCAAACUCUUCUACCAGUAUGGCUGUCCUGAGAGCCCCAUAAGGCCUGUGUCUAAAGCAGCAAGAAAAGCCACAGCAAGUGCUCGUGUGAAAGAACUGUCCAUCCCCAAGAGCUAUACCCCUCCCUGAAAAAAAAA